AUGGCUGACGACGCCGGCAGCCCGGUUGAGGCGCCUAGCCCGCGGGGCUCCCCGGGCCAGGCGCCACGGGUCCCGCGCGCGGUCGGGCCGAGCGGUGGCGGGGGCGCGGAGACCCCGCGGACGGCGGCCCUGGCGCUGCGGUUCGACAAGCCCAUCAAGCAGGCCUUCUACAACACCGGGGCUGUGCUGUUCGUGUGCCUCUGCUGCGGCGCCGCAGUGCUAGUCUACUUCAUCCUGGAGGCCUUCCUGCGGCCGCUGCUCUGGGCCGUGCUGUGCGGAACCUUCCUGCACCCCUUCAAGAGCUCGCUGACCCGCCUGGGCCGCCACUGGCUGCACCGCCUGCACCGGGCGCACACGCCCAUCGUGCUGGCCGCACUGCUGCUGCCGCUGUGCUUCGCCGACUACGGCGUCGAGGCCCUGGGCGAGCAGGCGCUGCGCCGCCGCCGCCUGCUGCUGUUACUCGGCGCUGGCGGCCCGCUCCUCUACGGCCUCUAUUGCCUAGGCAGCUACCUUGGCGUGCAAGUGGUGCUGGCCCACGCCGGCGAGCUCAUCUGCCGGGGACUGGACUACUUCAACAGCCUGUGGGAGUGUUUUGCUCCUCUGCCUGUGAGUUCAGACCUGCUAGAAGAUUUGAAGUCCAUGUACAGUUUUUGCAGGGCAGAGUUGCCAGGGCAGGUCAUCUCCAUGGCGGCCUCCACCCUCGCUACCUUGGCCAUCUCCAUUACAGGAUAUGAAUCAAGCAGUGAAGACCAGCCCUCGACUCAGCCUGCAGAAGCCACGGACAAGGGAGAACCCCCUCCGGCUUUGUCCUCGUCCUCUUCAGCUUCCACUCCUUCACCCACUCUGGGCAGACCAAGACCUGAAAUUGGAACUUUCCUCAGAAAGAAGAAAACCAGUGACGUCUACUUCGUGUGUCUCGUCUGGGCCUUCAUUGCUGUCCAGGUCUGGAUGAACCUGUGGAUCGUGCAGUUACUGCCGGUGCCCAUUGCAGUCUGGAUACUCAAAAAGCUUAUUAUUCACUUUGGAGCUGUGAACUUCCUGGAGAAACGCUGCUGCCUGUGGUGGCAGGUCGUAGAGCGCUUCCUGAAGGAGCGGCAGGAAGCUCUAGCACCUUGGCCAAUCAUUGGGCUUGGAAAAUUCUUGUUGAAAGUUGACAGCAAGCUCUGGCACUGGCUCAAUAAGAAGAUGAUCAUCUGGUUGGAGAAGAUGUUAGACAAAAUAAUUAGCAUUUUCAUCAUAUUUUUGUUAGUGAUAGGAACUCUUCUUUUAGCCCUGCUCCUGACUGCAAAGGUCCAUCAAGAGAGUGUACACAUGAUUGAAGUCACCAGUAACUUGAUUAAUGAAACGCUAGCAAAUCACCCGGAGUGGGCAAAUUGGCUUCCUGAGGCUCAAGUGGUGCAGAGGGCCCUCAAUUCUGCGGCCAACAAUGUGUAUCAGUAUGGACGGGAAUGGAUAACACACAAGCUUCAUAAAAUUUUAGGAGAUAAGGUCAACAAUACUGCUGUCAUUGAAAAGCAAGUACUUGAACUUUGGGACAGACUGUAUCACUCUUGGUUUGUAAAGAAUGUCACACAUUCUGGGAGGCACAGGGGACACAGGAUGCAGGUGAGCCGUCAGAACAGCUGGCUGGGAGACAUCCUGGACUGGCAGGAUAUCGCUUCCUUCGUUCAUGAGAACAUUGAGACAUUUCUUUCGAUCUUGGAGUCUCUGUGGAUUGUUAUGAGCCGGAACGUGAGCCUGCUCUUUACCACUGUCACGAUGCUGCUGACCAUUCUCUUCUACAGUGGGACUGCCCUUCUCAAUUUCGUGCUUUCUCUGAUAAUUUUCCUGACCACACUGUUUUAUCUGUUAAGUUCCAGUGAUGAGUACUACAAACCAGUGAAGUGGGUGAUAAGCCUGACCCCAUUAUCUCAGCCAGGUCCGUCUUCUAAUAUCAUUGGCCAGUCUGUGGAAGAAGCUAUCAGAGGGGUGUUUGAUGCGUCCCUCAAAAUGGCUGGCUUCUAUGGAUUGUACACCUGGCUGACUCAUACUAUAUUUGGCAUCAAUAUUGUCUUCAUACCAUCAGCUUUGGCGGCAAUUCUCGGAGCGGUGCCAUUUCUGGGGACGUACUGGGCAGCGGUACCUGCAGUUCUAGACCUGUGGCUUACUCAAGGCCUGGGAUGCAAAGCCAUCUUACUGCUGGUUUUUCAUCUCUUGCCAACAUACUUUGUAGAUACUGCCAUCUAUUCUGAUAUCUCAGGAGGUGGCCAUCCUUACUUGACAGGCUUGGCAGUGGCUGGGGGAGCUUACUACCUUGGCCUGGAGGGAGCAAUCAUUGGGCCUAUACUUCUCUGCAUACUUGUGGUUGCUUCCAAUAUCUAUACUGCCAUGCUGGUGAGUCCCACAAACUCAGUGCCCACGCCAAACCAGACCCCGUGGCCUGCUCCGACUCAGCGGACUUUCCGUGACAUUUCUGAAGAUCUGAAAUCUUCUGUAACUGAUGUGGCCUCCACUACCACGAUUUCUCUAGGAAGCUCGUCUGACAGCGAGUUCAGCUCAGCUGUGGCCUUCCGCCCUUUCAGCUGA